AAGAGCAAAAUUAACACACCAUACGGCCUACUUUCGAAUCAAACGAGAGCACUAACCAGAUUACAUGAUGUGUCACAUAUUCUACGGCAAUCGAAUCGAUUCUUGCAAUUAUUCCAAAAAUUAUCGGCCGAAUCAAAGGACAUGGCCGCACAAGCGGUCAUUCUGUUUGAAAUUGAGCUGCUCAUCGACAAUGAACAACUCAAUCAAAUCGAAUUCAUACGCGAAGAGCGCAUUGUAGCCGCCGGUCUGAAACAGAAGCUCACAAGCUCAGCUCAUCAUGAUUUGCUGGGUGCACUAAAAGGUUUGGUCGAUGAAGACAAGGCCAUUAAAAGCUUACAGGUUUUCACGAACAUGCAGGUGUUGACAAAGUAUGUGGACGAUUUGGUGGACAUUUUCAUUGGUGAUAUCAAGCAUUCGAUAAAAGAAUGUUUUGCCGGAAUUGAAACGAAAAAGGUCACCGAACGCAAAUCGAAACCAGGCAGUGGUGUUGACCAGAGCAAACCAAAACCAAGUCCGGGCAAACCACAAGGAACGACCGCUUCACAGCAAUUUUCACGGAAAUUCUGGACGGCAUUGGAGAGCCUGUUUGACGAAGAGAUUUAUAAUUGCUGGAAACAGAUCAAUUUUCUUACAAAAUGUUUGAAACAAGUUGUGCACCAGCCCAAUGCUACCAAUUUAUUUGAAAGCGUUGACAUUGAGAAAAACUUUCACGAUCGAUUGAAUGAGCUAUUGCGAGUUUCUUUCACCGAAUGCCCGGCACAUAUCCGACAAUGUCUCGUACAAGAUCUCCCAAAAUUACUGCAUUUAGCGAAGCAAUUGUAUUCCAAAUGUGAAAAUCGAUUGAAUAUUGGCGGUGACAAUUUGUUCGUGUCAUUGGAAGCAGGCUAUUUGGAGCAAUGUGCAAAUAACUUGAAAGUGACGCUAGUUUCAGCCGACACACCAAAUCAAGAGACAAUCGAAUCAUUUCUGCAAGCUGUUGAAAAGGAAUUGCGAAAUGUGUGUUCCGAUAAUCGAUUAUGUGCAAUGGUCACGGCGAUAUUUAUCGCAUGUAAUAAAGAAUUUUGGACGAAAAUUGAAACGAACAUCAAAAUUGGCGGCGAUGCGCAGCAAGUUUUGGAUGUUCCAAACGCCGUUCAAUUGCAAAACAUCACAAAUGCCAACACCAUAUACGAUCACAAUCUCUAUGUGAAACGAAUGAUACAGAAUCUGGGCAAUGACUUCCUGAAUUCACGUUCGGCCCAAAAUAUAAUUGAAUCAUUGGAUUAUGGAUCGAAAAUAGUCCAAAAAGUGGUGGAACAGUUGGUCGAUUCGAUGAAAUCAGCGGCCGGCAUCAUUUUAUUGAGCAUUCAUCGUGAGCCCGGCUUGAAUAGUGAUCGAACGAUGUCGAGUGCACCGUCAUUAUACAUGAAAGAGUUACAAGAGUUUCUAUUCCGUGCUUGGGACUAUCAUAUCUCACCAUUUAAGGAUAAACAGUUGGUGGAAAUGCAUGGUAAAGAAUUGGCCGAAUGCUGUGUUGAAUUGUUUGUGUGGAAUGUGGCAAUUAUCCGACCAAUAUCGUCGUCGGGUCGACAACGACUCAAAUCCGAUUGCCAACAUUUGGAAAAUGCUUUGAACACACUAGUUGGUGACUUGAGCAUCAUGAGCCGGACAUUUAGAACCCUUCGAUCGUUAUCCAGUUUAAUUACACUGACCCCAGAUGAUUUGUCGAAGAAAUCCAUCGAAAUCGAUGGUCCCGUUUCGCCAUUCAUCGUAUUACUUUUGCUAUUCGGUCAUGCGGGCAGUGAUUUGGCUAGUCCUCAUGUCGCGGCCGGAUGGUCGAAUGAGAAAAUCACCGAAUGGCUCAGCACACACGUAUCCAUCAAAGAAAGAUUGGAACUGGUGACUGGCGCCCUGCAAAAGUAUCGUAACGUUGUUCGCCAGAAGAAUGUUAUCAAAUACGAUCCAAUCUAUCCAAUUAUUUCCAAUUACCUGGAGAAUGUUUAUAAGAAUCUUUGAAUUGCAAUCCAAUUCAAUCGUAGUUGGAACUCUGUUUAUUAAUAUGUUAAUUGCCUUGAAAUAAAAUUGAAACAAUAUAUGAACA